CCCCACUCACUCUUAGUGACACAAACUCUUCAGCAGCAAGGAAUUGAAACACAAAAUGGAUCCCUCACAGGUUAAAAUCCCACCCAUGAAGGACCUCACGGUCGACAAUAUUACCGAAAACGUCAUCCGCAUUAAUUCGCUGUGCGAAGACCAGCGCAUGAAAUAUGUUCUCGAACGAUUGGUUUCUCACUUACAUGAUUUCGCGCGUGAAACGAGACUCAGUUCCCAGGAAUGGAUGGCGGGGUUGAUGUUCCUCACAGAGGUGGGGAAGAUUUGUUCGGAUGUGCGACAGGAAUUCAUCCUCCUCUCCGACGUCCUCGGCCUCUCAAUCCUCGUCGACUCGAUCGACCACCCCAAACCCCCCGGCUCAACUGAAGGCACAGUCCUCGGACCCUUCCACACACAUGAAGCCGAAGUAAUGACCCACGGCGACAGCAUGUCCCACGACCCCAAGGGCGAGCCGCUGCUCGUCGUCUGUACGCUAAAAGACACGCACGGUAACCCCAUCUCCGGCGUCAAGAUCGAUAUCUGGGAGACGGACUCCACGGGCCACUAUGACGUGCAGUAUGCGGAGCGGGACGGCCCCGAUGGCCGCUGUAUCAUGCGCAGUGAUGAUACCGGCGUGUUUUGGUUUAAGGCGAUCACGCCGGUGCCGUACCCGAUUCCACAUGACGGGCCGGUCGGGAAGUUGUUGAAGAAGUUGCAUCGCCAUCCGUAUAGGCCGAGCCAUAUGCAUUUUAUGUUUGAGAAGGAGGGGUAUGAUCAUUUGAUUACGGCGCUUUAUCUUCGGAAUGAUCCGUAUGAGACUUCGGAUGCCGUCUUUGGUGUCAAGGAUUCUCUGGUGGUGGAUCUUGGCAAGGCAGGUCCGGAGUAUGCAAAGAAGUAUGGCGUUUCGGAGGACCAUGCUCUUCUUACAUACGACUUUGUCCUGGUUUCUGAUACCGAGACCAGCGCUUUGCGCGAGCAGAACUCCAAGGUGGCGCUGGAUAAACUGGGCCGCAAGGUGAAGAUAGUGAACGGAUUACCUGUGCCAGAUCUGGAUUAAAUAAUGAAUUUUGGAUGUGAUGUGAGAUGAAUUAGUAUAGUCGUCAUUUAUGUCGUUAUGUACACUAUCAAUAGAGCAUGGUAUCAAUCACCUGCACGAGGUUCAACCAUAUCUCCGAAAUCAUCCCCAUCGUCGGUGGGCACAGCCGCGCGGGUAGUGGCCUCUUUUAAGCACCGCAGUCCCUCGCCGUCCUCCACCCAGCCGCCGACCUUCUCCACUCCCUCGAUGUACUCCGCGCCAACCCGUAGAUUUAGGCUUGCACUGAGCGCUCGUUCAACCCGGGUUUGACGGGUCUCUGAGAUGAGGACUCG